AUACGUCAUCAACAAGAGACGCAGUAUCUCAAGAUAACAAACGCAACAAUGCUUUUCUACUCGUUUUUCAAGUCGCUGGUCGGGAAGGACGUGGUGGUGGAGCUCAAAAAUGAUUUGAGCAUCUGUGGAACGCUCCAUUCUGUGGACCAGUACCUGAACAUUAAGUUGACAGACAUCAGCGUCACGGACCCAGAAAAAUAUCCACACAUGUUGUCGGUGAAAAACUGCUUCAUCCGUGGAUCGGUGGUCCGAUACGUUCAGCUGCCGGCCGACGAGGUGGACACUCAGCUGCUGCAAGACGCUGCACGAAAAGAAGCCAUGCAGCAGAAGCAGUGAUGAGGGCGGUGGGUCGGGGUGGGGGGGUUCUAAUGACUAGUUUAUGUUCUGAGGUCGUUCUUACCUCAGAGGACGUUUGUUUGAUUCUGACUUCUGUUGUAGACAAAUUCAGUUCGUAGUCUGGAGAGAAGAAAUCUGACGAUCUGUUGUGUUCUUUUGAAACAAGACUUGUUUUUUUUUAUGUCACUUAAAAAUAAAAGUUAUUUAUAUUUUGA